ACAGCGACUGACACAGAGCUGAGAAAAAGUGACCGAGAGAGAGCAAGGCGAUUGCUUUUUCCCUUCUUCCUCGCCAGCUUUCCCCUCUCCAAUCUGAAGCCCUCAAUGGAUGAUCACCGACUGCCUAUCCAAUUCCCAUUUUCUAUGGAAGAAUUCGCCGCCGGACGUCUUGCUUCCGCCCGCUAAAUCGCCUCUGGCAGUGCCAUUUUUUGUUUUUGUUUUUGCUUUUUUUUUCAGCGGCAAAAUGGUCGACGUAUCGUCAAAACAAGAGGAGUAUGUCUACGACAACCCGAGCGUCGCCGGAAGCUACAGCCCCAGCGCCGAUGUCUCCUGCUCCGACUCCUCUAGCGACUUCUUCGCUACGUCUUCCUCCGCCGCUGCGGCUCUGCCUCCUGACAAGGAGGUGUUGUUCUGGGGGAAGAAAGCGGUGGAUUUCUCCGAAGUAGAGAUGAUGAAGGAGAGAUUCGCCAAGCUUCUCCUCGGAGAAGACAUGUCCGGCAGCGGCCAAGGCGUCUGCGCCGCCCUGGCCAUCUCAAACGCCAUCACCAAUCUCUCCGCAAGUGUUUUCGGUGAACUUUGGAGAUUGGAACCCCUGGCGCCGCAGAAGAAGGCAAUGUGGCGACGGGAAAUGGACUGGUUCCUGAGCGUGAGCGACCACAUCGUGGAGCUCACCCCCUCGGUCCAGCAAUUCCCUGGCGGUGGGUCGUUUGAGGUGAUGGUAUCUCGUCCCCGCACCGAUCUCCAUUUGAACCUUCCGGCGCUCAAGAAACUCGAUGCCAUGCUUCUAGAGAUGCUGGAUGGGUUCUGCACAAGUGAAUUCUGGUACGUUGACCGAGGAAUCCUGGUCUCAAAUGAUGAUGAUGAUAAAAGCAGCGCGCGCCCGUCUUCUUCGUUCAGAAGGUCCUCCGUAAGGCAGGAGGAGAAAUGGUGGUUGCCCUGUCCGAGAGUUCCGCCAAACGGUUUGUCUGAGGAAGCAAGGAAGAGGCUGCAGCUGUCAAAGGAUUGUGCGAACCAGAUACUGAAGGCGGCCAUGGCGAUAAAUAGUGGAAUCCUGGCUGAGAUGGAUAUUCCUGAUGUCUACUUUGAAACAUUACCCAAGAAUGGGAGGUGCUGUCUAGGCGACAUGGUCUACCGCUACAUAACUGAUGAUCAAUUUUCGCCCGAGUGCUUUCUCGACUGUGUAGAGUUUCCAUCGGAGCACCAUAUUCUGGAGCUGGCGAACAGGACCGAGGCAGCCAUUCAUGUUUGGCAGCAGAAGGGCCAAAACAAGCACUCUCAAUCUAAAGCGAAGAAGAGUUCAUGGGGUGAAAAGGUCAUGAGCCUUGUUAGUGACACAGAAAGAUGCCUGCUUCUUGCGCAUCGAGCUGAGCUUCUUUUGCACAGUGUUCGACUUCGUUACCCUGGUCUUCCGCAGACUACUCUGGAUAUGUUCAGGAUUCAAUACAAUAAGGAUGUAGGGCAGUCGAUCCUCGAGAGCUAUUCGAGAGUAGUGGAGAGUUUGGCAUUCAACAUCGUCGCGCGGAUUGAAGACUUAAUCUUUGUGGAUGAUGCUGCUAAGAAAUACGCAGCUGCUGAAGCUGUUUCUGUAUUUAAUCAGGAAGUUUUGGAAGGAAUUCCAUUGAAGAAAAGAUCACCACCCAGCCUGAUCUCGAUUCAUACUCCUUGUACCUCAUCAUUUGCUACUCCUAUGUUUUGCUCAUCCUCACCGAUUGCAGAAAGUCCAGCAAAAGUAUCAUCAUCCUUAAGCAAGGAAACUCCCGAUGAACAACACAGGAGAAAGGUGGAGAAAACCUGGUCAGGGAACUUAAGUAAUAGAAAAGAUGCAGGAGAUGCCCCUGAAAGGGACUGACUGAAAAUGAAGGGAUUGUUGAUAAUCCAUUCCAAGAAAAGAGCAGAGAAGAAAGAACCAGUGGUUCCUCAGUGGAUCAAUUUAGUCCCGUUAAGCUACGACACUUGUUAGAUGUAAGUCAGGAACUUGUAUGCCCAUCUUUUAACUUCCUUUUACUAAACUAAAUGCCCACAUGAACAAUCUUGAAA